UCUACUCUAAAAAUUUAUUUUAAAUUAUUAAACUAUACACUUUAUUAUUUGAGAGUCAAACGUAAGCCGGCCGGACUCGGCCGUUUUUAUUUUAUCUUCUUCAAUAAUGAUUUAUAAAUGGUGGCAUGCGUUCGUUCGUAAGCGGACAAAACCUAUUCCCGAAGACAAAGCUAUUCUAUGGAAACGACGAUUGAGUUUUGCCUAUGCUCUAUUUGCCUGGAAUGCUUUUGGUUUAGUAGUUUAUAGUGCUUAUAAAGGAAAGGCUGAUUGGGCUCACUACUAUGGAAUUAAAAGUGACGAAGAAAAAUCCAUACCUCCAGGUUAUGCCUGGGCUAAUACUCUUGGUAUAAAAAAUGCUAAAGUUUAUAGAAUAUCUGGAUUCAAGAAGGUUGAUGAAUAUGAUAUUGUAGACGGGGAGAUGGUUACUAAAGAUAAAGUUGAAACAAAUACAUAGUACCUAAAAUGUAAAAAAAAGAACAUUAUGCAGAAAAAGAUCGACAUUAUGCACUUUUCCAUAAAUAACCAGUUCUUUUUAAGUUUUACAUUUUAUAAAUUUGUAACUGAAACUUUUAUAUCAUAAUAAUGACAAAACAUUUUUUUUAAAUUGUUUUAUUAGAUUUUCAUUUUCUGAUGCGCUUGAUGCAGUUCUAAUGUUGUGGAAGAUUAGACUCAGUUCACUCUAUCUCCAACAAGGUUCUUCGAACUAUAGGCCUAUUAUGAGAACUUCCUUGAUCUCAAAGAUAGUGUAAAUCAUACUACUGUGUAUCUAGAGCAUCACCUCUUACUGUUGAUGCAUUUACAUUACUAAGCAGUAAUGCUGGUGUUCCCCAAAUUUGGGUGUAUUCUCCCACACUUUUCAUUUAGCAUAUUAUUAUCAUCAUUACUAUUGGGAUGAUAGUACAAAUAGCUAGAUGGUGAUCUCUUAAAGCAUAGUAAAAAAGAAGUGAUCAAAACUUAUGCCUGAAGUGGAUAAAUCUCAGAAUUGAGUAUGCAAAUGUAAUCAAAAAGAUCAGUUAUAAAGCACAGUUCUCAAGUACCAGUUGUUCCUGUCUUAUUACCAAAGAAAGCUGCUUGAAUUCAAUAAUAUUGACCACUGAUAUUGUUUAAAACCUCUGAUAAAAAAAUCUCAAUUUUCGUUCUCGUGUGUUUUGGACUGUAAACUCUAUCAGAAUUCUCUGAGGAAUUGUUUUUGAUGAUAACUUGCACAGCAUUACAGCAUUGAUCCACAAUCUGUUCAAUCAAGUAGUUGGAACGCACAUCUGCCCUUGAAAGCUACAAAAGUAACAAUUCUUGAAAUAUGUUUAUGAUUAUUUUUAUUCUAUUUAGCCUAAUAUUGUUAUUAUAAUUUUUUUUUCAAUAUUGUGUCUAAAGUUGAUCAAAUACCUUUUCUGAUAUAAUUUGUAGAUAUGUAAAUAAAAUAGAUAGUGAAUGAAUAA